UGAAAUAUCAUAUGUGAAAGACAGAGGAUGCAACAAGCUGGAGAAACACAGCAAGCCAUCCAUAUACAACAAGAAUGAGUGGAAUUCCAAUUGAGCUUGAGCUUCAAAUAUCAGUCCAGCCAUCAUCACAGCCAGAACGUGAGAGCCAGAUUCAGCCUCCACCUCUGUUUCAGCAACACGUCCCAACCCAAGAUCCCCCCCAGCCCCCACGAGAUCAACAAAUCCAGCUCCAGUCUGAGCUACAGCAACCAGAGUCUAAUUCAGAGCACCAGCACCGAACAAAGUCAGCGUGGAUUACCCUCCGGUGGCUGCUCCUCCUUCUCUUGGGGUUCUCCUUCGGUGCUGCCAUUCUGGGAGUUAUGUGCUACAUGUAUCACAAUCUUCAAAACAGGAGCAAAAACCUAGAACAUACUGAAACCCCAUGUCUCUCCCAAGCCUGUCAGAGGGCCUCUGCCCGUCUGUCUAUGUCUGCCGAUCCCUUCAAGCAGCCCUGUGAUUACUUCUUGUUCACAUGCGGAUCUGACAGACUCUCAACAGACAGUGGGGGGAGACAGAGAGGUCAGGGCAUCCCUGGACAUCCACAGAACCAGAAGGAAAGGGCUGUCUGGCCAGAACGAGGAGGGGGAACUAAAGCAAUUCAAGACAAAUGGCUGAGAGAGGAGAAACUACAUGACAGGAAAACUACACUGCUGCAAUAUCUCAGAGAGAUUUUGGAAUCAAACGACAGACCAGUCGGUACAGCAGUGCAGAAGGCCAAAGGAUUCUAUCGUUCCUGUUUAGACACCAAAUCCAUAGAGACUGCUGGAGCAGAGCCAUUCCUUACACUCAUCCAGAAACUAGGAGGCUGGGCGGUAUCAGGUCAGAGGAAUCAGACUGAUUUUAACUCCACCCUGAGAUUGCUAAUGAAGGACUACAGCACCUUUCCUUUCUUUAACCUCUAUGUGGGCAGAGACCCAAAUGAAACUGUCCAUGGGACGACCAAAAGAUACAUACAGAUUGAUCAGCCAGAUCUGUUGAUCCCGAUUGAAUGGAACAGCAAGACACAGAAGUCACAGGCUAGGACUCAGACAUUACGUCCCUUUUUGGCAUCUUGUCAGAGGUACUUGGCUUUGUUGGGGGCCCCACCCAAAAGCAUCAUGAUCCAUGUGGGCAUGUUCAUCUCUCUGUCCUCUGAGUUUGCGGUGGCUGCCUCACCUCUGCACUAUCGCCUCUCAAAAGGCCAGCUAUAUCAGCGCAUGACCAUCAAACAGCUCCAGAGCCAAGCCCCUGCAAUUGAUUGGUUGGGCUGCUUGCAAGCUGCUUUACAUCCACUGCCUCUCACAGAAAAUGAACAUGUCCUUCUGCAUAACUUACCCUACAUCGUGCAAAUGUCCCGUAUCAUUGGCAAAUGGCUGAGCAGGCAUGAGCUAAGCACCAGCAGCCCGCUUCAUACUUACAUGGUCCUCAAUCUUCUGCACACAAUGAUGCCUGCUCUGGACUCCAGAUUUUAUGAAACAGCGAAUAAUUUGUCCGCAUCCCUGGGUAACACAGAUGAGGUAGCUCCACGCUGGACACACUGUGUGUUAGAGACUGAGAGAGGAUUUGAAUUAGUUCUUAGAGACCUACUAAGUCAAAGGACAGCACACCGAGAUGUAGAGGAGAUUAUUCAAAACAUAUUUUCUGCCUUCAAAUCCAAACUACAUGAAUUGAAGUGGACAGAUCGGAAUACUCUUCAGCAGGUCAUGUAUAAGGUUCAAUCUUUAAAUCCAAGACUUUGGACUACAAAAGAGAAGUCUGAGGAGGCUGAGCUUGACCUCCUUUUUUCAAAGGUUAUGGUCAAAACAAAUAGCUUCUUCUCCAACUAUGUCCAGCUACAGUCAUUGUGGCGAAACAGACGGACUCAGCUCUUGACUCAGCAGACAGAGGCGCCUGAUAUUCUGUCUGUCACACCACUCCUUCUGGAUGAUGAACUCCUCUUUCCAAUGGGAAUGUUUGUCCCUCCUGUCUUUCAUCCAACCUACCCUCGGGCGAUGAAUUAUGCUGUAAUAGGCUUUCUUAUGGCCAAAGACAUGCUCCAUAUGCUUCUACCUGACAUUUACUCUCAGAGUGAGACGGUGCAUGCUGUGGGGGAAUGUGUUUGGGCUCACUAUCUCAAUGUGGCAGAAAAUGCAGAAAGAGGAGGGGGGUCUCUCUCAGUGUUGCAGCAGCAGGAGGUCUGGGUGCAGUAUUCUGCACUGCAGAUAGCAUUGCAGGCUUAUAAUCAGGCUGUAAAGAAUCAUCUGCGUGAAACCUCCAUCGCUGGACUAUCACACACUCGUCUGUUUCUCACAUCUUUUUCUCAGCUUAAGUGUGACACAGACACUUACCGUGAAGUCAUGCCCUUGGAACCCUCCUUCUUGAUUACAGUCUUAUGUGCCACAUCUGACCUGUGUCCUACAAGGCUACAAUGCACAAGUAAAACCCAGCAAGUCUCAUUAAAAACCUGCUGAAUUCAUCCCUCUGAAGAACAGAAGGUCUUUGUCGACCUGUAAUAUAGACAUUUAACACACUGUGGACACUAUUAAAGAUGUUUAGGAUAAACAUGUACAAUAAGAGAACUUACAGUAGCCUAUGUUGAACCAAGAAAACACUGACUUCCUAUUUAUCUGUGGAUAUUAAUAUGAUGUGUUUGUGUUGCUAUAUAUUGUACAGGAUGUUACUUACUCAUGUUAUUAAAAUAAACAUUUAAAAAGUA